UCAGACUCCCAAAUGCUGGGAUUACAGUUAUGUGCCACCAUGCCCGACACAGUAGGUUUUGAAUAUCUGUCAGUUACGGAAGAUGAUGGUUCUGCAUUUCCUUGCUGUUAUCUUCAGUGAGAUGUCCACGUGCAUGUCAUUGUGGCAGUGAUAUAGUCGGACGUGAAACUGGUGUCAUCUCCAGGGCUCAGUUGGAUUUAGUUUCUGAUCUGUGGUCUUGUGUUGGCAUCUGGUCCCCUCCAGGGAGGACAGCCUUGCUCUGGCCUUCUGUACCCUGAUGCUGCUGCAGGCUGGAUUUUUGACUGAGGGGGCCUUGCUGGGUCUGUCUGUUUCCUCCUCACAGGGUGAUGCUCUUCUCCUUUGUCAGGAUUCCACAGUGGGCUGUGUCCUCUCCAACUUGCAGUCUUCCUCUGCUGGCCUCCUGAGUGCUGAGAUGCCAGGAGCUGGUGGCUGUGGUGGCUGAGGACCCUGAGCAGGACUGGAGCUGUGCAGAGGAUGAGAAACACAGCUCAGAGGAACCUGUGAAAACGGACACAUAAGCCUGAGGGUGAUCUCAGACCCAGUGAUGGCUGGGGCCGUCUGACAGCUGGUGCUCUCAUCUGUGUGGAUGGAGGCAGGGUCAGCCGUGGUCACAGUCAUCACUGAGAAGCUGCAGAACCAGAGUCUGGAUGACCUCACCCGCAGAAUCCGCGGGGCUGGCCUGUGUUCUGCCGAGAGACUGACCAGGAGUGACCACUUGUUCCCUUUGGAGGUCAGUGUGGACAGGAGCCCCUGGAAGACCUUUCGAGGAGGAUGGCCCACCAGAAGGCAGGCAGCUGCAGGCCCUUCCCACCCGUUCCUGCCAGCUCCCUGCGGUGCUACUCAGGCCCAGGAUGUCCAGUGGCAGCCCGAGUCCCCAGCGGCAUGCACCGGCCUGGGUGUGGGCAGUGCCGUGGACCUCCGGGAGAGCAUGGGGCCAACCACAGCCCCACUGACCAAGCGGCACUGCCGGUCCCUGUCUGAGCUGGAGGAGCUGGCCCGUUGCUGGUCGCCAUGGCGCCCUAGUGGCUCCAAGGUCUGGACUCCAGUCUCCAAGAGGCGCUGCAACAGUGGUGGGAGUGCCACACUGCAAUGCUGUAGCGGUCUUGUGGGCACAGCCCUCCCCAGGAGCCCUGUGUCUCCCGUUGGCCCUGCUUCGCCCUUGGCACCCCGGCCGGCCUCCGCCAGCAGUGGCUUCGUGGAUAGCAGCGAGGGUAGCACGGGCUCGGAGCCAUCCUGGUACCCCACAGGGCCCUGCCUGCUGUCCUCAAGGCGCCGCCUGUCCCUCUCACAGGAACAUCUUGAGGACACUGGAGGCCGUCUGCCCUCAGCCAGCAGCACCCCCACAUCCACACCCGAGCUUGGCCAGCAUCAUAGCCUGCUGCGGUGCCAUUCACAGCCCUGCGUGCUGGGCGGGAGGAGGAGCCGGUGCAAGCGCAGGAGGGAGGAGGACACCAGGUGGACACGCCCCUCCUUGGACUUUCUCAAGAUGACGCGGACUUUAAGAAACUCAAAGAGUCUCUGCUCGCUGGACUACGAGGCCAACGAAGAGGAUGACACCCAGUUUGGGGAGAGCUUCUCUAUUUUGGAACGAGUUUUCAGAUGGGCAUCGUGUUCAGCGCGAGUUGAGCUGUGGUCCUUCUGUAAGAGGUCUACUGUGAAGAGCAGGAGGCGGUCAUUGCUAGGACCCUGGGGUGCGUUGUCUGUACCCUCCUCUGGGCCGGUCUGUGGGCAGUUGUGCCCUUGGACCUGGUUGUCCUGUGCUGGCUCAGGCCACGUGGCCUCCCAGCUCGUGGGGGGCACUGCUGUGCAGGAGAGGUGCUGAGGAUGUCACCCCAGAAGUGGCCUGUGGCCAUUCCACUGGCGCCUUGUCUGAGUUAAAUAAAAUGUGUUGCUCUGCUUGGCCUCCCUGUCAGUCUGGGUUCCCGCCGUGGGGAUGGGCACCCUGCUGUCUUGGUGUGGUGCUGCUCAGACUAGAAAGCUGUAGGGAUUUCACAAGGCUUGAUUUGAGGGACAGUGCUAAGAGGCAGGCAUUUGAGAUAUUGACAGGGAGCAGUCAUCUUUGGAGAAAUUUUUCUUUCUCCCUGCACGCCCUGCUUCCCCUUGGGUUGAGGCAGACCCAGGUGAGCAGGCCCAGAAACAAGUUGUGUUUCCAGGGCCUGGUGUCCUUACACUGGGAGGUGGCUGCAGUGGCUUCCUUCGCAUUACUGCCAUGGACUGUUGUGCUGUUAGAAUCCAGGCUCCUGCCUGAGGGGCCCUGAGCUGGCAGAGGUGCACAUAGGGCGUCUUGGGAGGAGGGCGGCAGCUCAGUGGAUGCAGCUGGUUGCAUAGAGGCCUCCGGGGCUCAGUUCCGGCUCAGGCUGUCCCCGGCUGGUGGCCCCUUAGUGGUUUGCAGCGUCUGCUGCCCUUGCGAGCAGGCCCUCCUGGGCGAGAAACAGGUGGUCUUAUUUUGUGCCCCUGCUUGGCUCUGCCAAGGGCCACACCCUGGCCCUGCCGGGCUAAUGUGUGCUGGGCUCUGCCUGUGGGGCCUCUGCACCCUAGUGCUCUAGAUGCUUCCCUGGCUAGAUGCCCCUGGCCCUGCCCGUAGCCCCUUCUGUUGCACUCCAGACCUGGCGCUUGCCCUCUCCCUGUGCCCCUCCUGCCCUGCCCUGCCCUGCUUGGCACCCUCAGCUAGGUGUGGGCCACCCUUGGACACCUGCUUUCCACUGCUCCUUGUCACCUACCCUUUGCUGGAACCUGGGGUUGGUUCCUGGCUGUGCUCCUGCCUGCCCAAGCCUCUGCCCAUCUCUGCUACUGGCUGGGUGUCCACAUGUCUGCACCUGAGGAGGCCAGGACAGAGUGCCAGCUGCCAGUGUCCCCGAGGCUCUGGCUCCCCAGGACUCUUUCCUGAGCAGGCCCUGCCCUCUAGUGUCUGUCUGCUGAUGCACAUCCCUUCCCAUCCGUGUGUGUGUGUGUGUGUGUGUGUGUGUGUGUGUGUGUGUGCACGUGUGCGUGCACGCGCGUGCAGUGCUGGUGUCCCAACCUCUUUUUGGUACUGGGGAUUGAACCCAGGGGAUUCUGCACUGAGCUAUAUUCCCAGCCCUCUUUAUCAUUUGAGACAGGCCUUCCUUAAGUUGCCUAGACUGGCGAUGAAUAUGAGAUGCUCCUGCUUCACCUCUCUGAGUAGCUGAUGUUCCAGUGUGCACUGCCACACCUGGCCGUCCAGUGCAGUGGCAUCGAGCACAUGUACACUGCUGUGCAGCUGGCAGCACCAUCUGUUUCCAGAACUCUUCAUCUCUGGUGCUGGAGCUUGGUGCCUACUCAGCACAGCUCCGCCUACUCUGUCCCUGGGACCUGGUGGGCAGGGUGAGCAGCACUGUGCUGGUCUGUGUCCCCCCUCCCCAUCCUGCCCUGCUCCUCAGUGCUGUCCUGUGCCUCUGCUUGCUGUUUGUUGAUCCUGGUGACAUGGGUGGAGUCCUGCUUCUCUGGGCCUCCCCACUGCCCUGAGGACAGAGAUGCCCACUCUGGCCCUGCCCACCCCUGCAGGGUGCAUGUGCACACCAGGGCAUCCGCUCUGCCGAGCAGCGUGCUCCUCGGGGUGGCACCCGGGAGGUGCAGGGGACAAGCCCUUCUCCCCAGAGCUGUGGUAAGAGCGGCCACCCUGCAGCACUACAUGGGAACCUUCACCCGAGAUUCCAGCUUUCUGCCCAGGACCCUCAGGCGGGGUGAGGCGUGGGGUGCCUGAGCCUGCACCAGGAGUCCCCCCAGCUCCCAGAGGUGGUCAGGGGUCUGGGGGGUCCCAGUCUGAGUGGCCUUCAGAGCAGUUGUCUGUCUGCUGGUUGGGGCUGAGGGUGAGCUAGAGGGCUGCCGUGCGUGGGGGCGCCUGGACGCAUGGCUCUGCCAUGGAGGUCAUAGGAUAGUGAGAGUGGUUAGAUUAGGAGCAACUUGGAGGAAAUGGAUAAGACCCUGGAAAAAUACUGCCAAAAACUGACUCAAGGAGAAAGACAAAUAGUCCUGUGACUCCUGAACAGAGCAAAACGGUAGUGCAGAAUCUUCCUGCCAGGCCAGGUGUGGUGGCGCAUGCCUGUGGUCCCAGCACUAGGGAGGCUGAGGCAGGAGGAUCACUG